UCCACCGUCUCCUUAGGUAUUUCAUUAUUCUCUUCCCGUCGUCUAAAAUAGCCUUCACUGAAAUCUUCUUCUUCGACUUGGAACAAGAGAUUCCAAGAAUGUUUCACUAAUUUGAUUUAUUAGGGAUUUUAUCAGAUCCAAGGGAAAUAGGUGAACCGAAAAAAAUGUCGAGAAAUGAAGAUCCAGAGGGUAGCGAGCCUGUGCUGCCGAGACCGCCUCCGAGCGCCAGAGUAAGUGUUGCAGUUAUGACGAGAGCUUUCCCUGAAUAUUCAUCGAGUCAACGGGAUCUUGUACUUCUUCAGAACAUAGCGAGCUAUGUGUUCCUUGCUUGCGGUCUAUUAUAUGUUUUUUCGGGACUCUUAUGCAUUGGCUUUCUCAAACGUUCACGCAAAGAAAAGGAAAUUACAAGGAACAAGAAGUUAAGGAUAUGGAGGAAUUGGAGAGACGAAGAGAAGAACUUGAACAAAUGUUGUUGGCAGGAAGGGGAUGAGAGAAUGAAGCAUGGGACAUGCAAGGGAGCUCACACCAAAACAAUUGUUCAACUUAAAGAUGCUUCCUUGUCUGAUGCUUUCUUGUCUGAUGCUUUCUUGUCUGAUGCUUUCUUCAAGUAG